AUGGUGUCGGACAAGUCGUUCGCGAGUGUCAUCCGCGUGAACAUGGCCCUGCUGCGGUUUUCUGGUGUGGUGCCCUGUGAAGGAGACGCGAAGAACGUUCAGCGGUUGCGAAAUUUGCAAAACGUGCUGAGCGUGGUCGCUUACAGUUGCAUAUUGACGUACUCGGUCGUGUAUACUCUCGAGUUCAUCCUGUACACCGUCCACCUCGACACCUGGAUGGAGUCGUUCGCGAUGAUACUGUCCAUCGUGGGUGGACAGAUGCGAUUCACGAUUCUCUUAUUGUUCCGAAGCAGAUUCCACCGAUUGCUAAACCUGUCCGAGGAGCUCUGGCUGACGCUGAGCGCGAGCGAGCAGAGGUGCGUGCGCGAUCGCGUGAGGGCGACGCGACGUCUCACCUAUUACUAUUUGUUCGGCUGCGCCUUCACGAUCUUCUUCUACGCUGUGGCGAGUCUGUUUAUAGGACAACACAGUGAUUCGGCGAACAUCACUGUUAUUAGGACCUUGCCCUACGCAUGUCCGUUUGAGGUUCACCGUACACCUUAUUACGAGAUAAUGUACGCCAUGCAGUUGUGCAGUAUGACGAACGUCGGCCUCACCUGCGCCGCUGCGGACACCAUCGGUCCAGUGCUCGUCUUGACUAUGAGCGGCCACUUCAAGGUCCUAAAUUCGCGAAUUCAACGUCUGUGCGAGAGCGACCCCGCAGUAUGCAAACUGCAAAGGACGGAGAAGGCAUGUCAAGCUGGCAGGGGGUUCCUCGAGGUAACGAAUGAAGAAGAAGGUGCGUUGAGAAGUAAUCGCACGGUGAUUGAUCUUGAAGCUUGCGUACGUUAUCAUCAAACUAUGUUUGAAUUUCACAGAGAAGUCGGAAAGCUAACUGGUGGUAUCUUCCUAAUGCAAUUGAUCCCCAGUACGUACAACAUUUCCCUUGUAGGAUUUAAAUUAGCGGGGGAUGAUCCGGAUAAAUUUAAGUAUAUAUCACAAGUGGCAAUCGCAGUAAUCCAACUGUUUUUGUGUAACUGGCCCGCAGACGUUCUGCGCACCGAGAGCGAGGCUAUAGCGAAAGCGUCAUACUUUACAUCGUGGUAUCAUUUCCCGUACCGACUAAAGAGAUCUCUAAAUAUUAUUACGAUAAGAUCUCAGAAACCGGCGCAGUUAUCUGCUUACUUCAUACCGUUAUCAUUGGAAACUUUUGCAUCGAUGGUGUCAUCCGCAGUAUCCUUCUUUACCAUGAUGCGCAGUAUAAAUUGAUGUUAGACUUUAUCGACCUAAGACUCAGUAUUUUUACACCUUGCAAUAAAGCUCGCGCGUCAUUGUUACAGCG